CAUGGAGUCGUGAUGUUUCGGCCAGAACGAGUCGAAUUUUGCCAAAAUUAGCCAUAAGAUCUUGUUCAGCCUAUGAAGUACCUUCUCCAGCUGUGCGCAGGUAAUAGAGAAGUUCAAAAAUAGUUUACUGUGGACCAAGUUAAAGAUGCAGAAAGAAGGGCUGAAUAUAGAGACUGCAGAUUACCUCACCUCGCUCCUCCAGAGGUAUGAUGCCACAGAGGGUGGACUCCCCCCACAAGCAAUUCUUGCACCCAUACCAGUACCUGUUCAGAGAGAAAAUCCAGGACCACCAUCUCCAAAUGAGUUUCUUGUGCCAGCUGUGAUACUUUGGGAUCCUCUAAGCCAAGUCCCCAGCUUGAAAGAGCUAGCAUGUCCACAUGAAAUCCAUGAUAGUGAAGUUUGUCCAUUAAGAGCCCAUACCAGCAACAAGAACAACUAUGGGCGAUGGAAGGCUUCUAGAGGAACUCAAGAUAUUCCAAGAGCCCUUUAUUGCUGUGAUGGUAACACACUUUUGGUGAGUCGCCUGUACACUUGCAAGAAAGGUCAUAAGAUCAUCUCUCACGAUCCACGCCUCAUGGAGAACAUCCCACCAACAUUUCAAAUCCCAUUCUACCUGUUACACAGAACAGGUUUCACGCAUGAGUUGGCCACUUGGGUGCAUUCGUGUGUAUUUGCUGGGAUGUCAUUUCAUGAAAUUGAGGAAGUUUUGACGCAGAGGCAUCGUGAUGCAUAUGAAGAGCGUAAAUGCAAAUAUGAUGCAGCAGUUAAGGCCUAUCUUGAAAGUAAUCCUGAUGAUCACACUGAAAUACGUACAUUUCCAGAAUUCAAGACUUCACAAGUGCCAUCACUUGAGACCACCAUGUCAAGCAUUGUGCACAUGUUUGAGGGUAACGAGCUAUUCUAUAUACAGAGGAUGAGCGAAUGGCCAGCUAAACGCAUCACUGCUGGCUACUACUUCAAGGUGGCCACAACAAUUGGAGAAAAACUGGAAACAGCUGGCAAAUGGAUCACCCACUUUAAAAACAUGUAUACUGUCAUGAACGAGAAAGGUCAAAUCAUCGCAUGGAAGUUUACCAAAGAGAAGGAUCUGAGUGAAGUGAAAGACAUCUUGAUUGGAUUGCAGCAACGUUUCCAGAUGCAGGGCAGACAGCUGGAAAUGAUUCUUGUGCCAGAAUGUUGUGAAACAAGAGACCAGUUUAGUGAAAUAUUUGGUGCAGAUGUUCCUGUCAAAUUGGAACUUUCUAAAGCUGUUCAUCGAGUUGUCAGGAAAAUCCCUGCAAAGAAAAGAGAAGAGCAUCAACUGACUAAAGCUUGUGUUCGCGACUUUGCCCUGGCCUUACGUUAUCCAACAGACCGCGGGGACAUUCGCCAUCAGGAAACUCCUCCACCUGGGGUUGUCACUGAAAACCUUGAUGCUUUUGUGGAGGGCUGGAAGGAGAUCAUCGAAGGGAAUGAGCGCAUCUUAACUCUGGCAGCUCAGAGGCAGAUCAUGCAGCUACGAACUCAUGUGGAAGGAGGAUGUUUGUCAGAUAUUCCACCCUCUCAGGGAAGUGAAAAUGUUGACGAGCUGCACAGCAUUUUAAAACCUGUGUUGGAAAGAAAAUUUCUGAAUGCUGACAUGGCACUAGCCCUUAUUUCAACACUUCUGUAUGUGUGGAAUGAAAGGAGAGCAAAUCAGCUUCCCAAAGGAGCCCUUGUGCGGCCAAUCUCAAAGUACCGAGGUACUUUAGAAGUCAGUGGAUUCACACCAAGUGCAGAAAGAUUUGGGAUUGUGAAGAGUGAUGAAAAUGAUGGCAAUGAUGUCACCUCCUCUGCCAAUUAUUCAUUUGAUGUUCUUGCUCUGCAGUGCCUGAUACUGGAUGCCUUUGGCGGAAACAAAGAGCCAGAGAUAGAGCAAAAAGGCACUGACAAUGGCUUAACCCAGAGUGUCCUUAAGAAAGUAAUUGCUAAAGCCUCAAAUUUAUUUUCAGUGUGGGAGAUCCUCAAGACACAGGCUGUACAUGAUGUAUCACUCAACCCCCGACUUAUGCACCUGAUGGCUUGUUCUUUGAUCCUUUUCAGUCGCAAUGAAUGUGCAAUCGAUGACCGAGCUAACCAUGAAGUACGUCUCAAUGAAACACUGCGAUAUUAUCAGUUGAUGGUCUUCUCAGAAAAGAAGGACGCACCGGAGGCAGAUGGAUUUUUUACAGCAGUCAGUUCAGGUCUUAACUCUAUACUAAGAAGUGAUUUGCCAGAAACUGAAUCAGUUAAGCAACAUCUUGCUUCCAUUGGAUACAAUACUCAUGAAGGCAGCAGUCUGGAGGAAAAUGUCUUGGUUCUGCGACAGUUGAUUAGUGAUGAGUGGCUUACAUGUGAAGAAGAGUAUAGUAAAUUACUGGUGUCGCACAUGAUCAGCUUUUCUGAAGAAGCCCAAGCCUUCAGAGAAAGAGGAUACUUCAAAGCUGAGAUGUCCAAUCUUCUGCCAAUUGCUGCAGCAAAGGUUUUAAAAGUGCCAGUAAUAGUGUUCACUUCCCUGCAGCAGUUUCCAAUUGUGCCAGUGGUACCAUCAGAUGCUAUCAUUAUUGGUUCCUGUGUGCAUGUUGCUUACAAUGCAGCUGGUUUUGGAGGGUUUUAUGAUGUUGGCACUUACGUUAGCAACUCCAUUGUGCUACCAAAGCUGAUGACUGAUCCUUUGGAGAGGCGCAGAGAUAGCAGGAAGCGUUACAGGGAGAAGAUGGCAUUGAUGAAAAUUAAUCAGCCUGCAAGAAAGAAAGGAAAGAAGCCAAAAACACCAAGUUCACAGAAUGACAACCAGAAAGAAAAUGAAACACCAGCAGAUCCAAAUGAUUCUGUUACUUCACAACAAAGUGAGGAUUUGAAUGGCUCUGCAGUUGAUGGUUUGGAACAUGAGACCUCCGUGAAUGCGGCAGUUCAAAACACAGGUGGGGAGACUUCACUGGAUACAUCAGAGAUGGAGAAUGCUACAGAUGAAGGAGUAGAAGCUGCUGCAAACCUCAUUGAAAUGGCAUACAGUGAGGCAGGGGUCAGUGAGGAAACCAUGGAAGAGGCUAUUGCAGACAGUGUUAUUAAAGAUGACAUCUUACCAGCAAUGGAAUCAGCUGCUAAUGAAGACCAGGCAGUUCCAUUGCAGACAGCAGACCCUCAAGAAGACCAGACUGUCAUGGAUGAUGGUGAAACAACAACUGAAGUGAUAUCUGAGAAAGACCCCGUCAAAGAAAGUGUCUCUGAAGUUGUCACUGAAGAUGCAGCUACUGAAGCUGUAGCAGAGGAUGCAGUCAGUCCAUCAGUUAAUGGUGAAACCCAACCAGACCGUGUAGAAGGAGGAACACCUGCACAAGAGGCAGCUGUUAAUGCUUCUAACAAGUCUGAAAUCAUGAUUACACCCACGUCUAGCAGCAAGGCCUCUGUUCAGGGCACAGAAAUGGUUUUGACUAUCCAAGAGGGUGUGAACAUCCAGAAACAGACCUACUCCUGUAGCUGCGGCAGAGGAAGUGGAAAGAAUGUGAAACGCACUCAGUUCUGCUUGACUCUGGAAGGUGGUUACCUGACACGCUGUGCCUGCUAUAGGAAUGCAUCUGGUUGUUCUCACAGAUGUCGUUGCUACCUUUGCUGCAAUCCAUAUGGCACUGCUGAGGCUGCAAGGGCUACCAAGCCACCUCGCCAGGUCCGGCGUUUCCGGCCAAGACACAAAGUACAGGUGAUUAAGAGUCGCUUUCCAAGUCUUACAUUUGCCAGCACUAUCCCUAAAACUGAGGGUAUCCAACUUGGAUCCAAGUGGUUAGAGGUUGACUGCAUGGCAUUUGAGUGCCUCAUCGCAGCUAUGAGUCAUGCUGGAUUGGAACUGACUCCAGAGAAAAUUGCUCUAGAGUUUGAGAGGCUUUGUAACAUGUCUAAAGAUGAUGGAGGGAUCUUAGGGAAUGCUAUACAGUCAAAAACAAUCGUUGACAUAACUCAGCAGCUAGAGGUUGUACAGAGGAAUAUCCGCACAUUUGAAAACUUGUACAAAAAACAAACUGAACUGAACUGGUUUCAAGGGAUGGAAGUGGUGUUCUCAACAGAAGUGGUUGUGUCUUCAUAGCUCAAAGAAAAGCUGAAACAGCAGCAGCACGUCUCAGACGAGAAAGGCUGGGUUAAAUAUUAGUGAUGGACUGAGAAAGCUGAUAAGGAUAGUACAUGUCCAUUUUGCAGGGGGUAUCCUUGCAGAAUACUACAUAGGAGUACUUAGCUGUUUGCCUUUCGCAUGGUUAGUUGGGAGGGUAAGUGUUCAGGGCUCAGGUCUCAGGGUAAAGAAUCCUAUACUAACUUUUGCUGGACACCUAACCCCAGCCCCCUUGUUUUCACCAAAGGAUGUUUAAUCAUCUGAUUUACACUGCAUAUUAUCAAAUAGUAUUCAAAUUGCUGCUAUAUUUUAGUAACUUUAAGUCUGGUAGAUGCAACAACUUAGAGAGGUACCACUGACAAGGUCAUAAAAAUGCUCAAAAAAUCACUCAGUUGAAACUACUCUAUCUCCAACUGUAUUCAAUUUACCUUUACAUAAUUAUUCUGUCACAACUGUUACAAAUAUUAUUGCAGUUUCUAAGUAACAGAUUGGUUUACAACAGUUGCUGAAUGUUAACGACAAGUUCAGCUCAAUUUAUUUCAAAAGAGCUUGAUAUUGUUGAGCACAAGAAAAAUUUCAUGAAUUUAAUGAUGUGUAGCUUCACGGUUGCAGUCAGUUUAGCAAUGGUGUGUGCAAGAGGAAUAUACACAUUU